AUGGCCGACAAGCUGUACUUCUUCAUCUUCAACAUCAUCAUCUCGCUGCUGGCGCCGGGGGUGGCGGCGACGACGCUGGACGCCGUGUGCGACGACCUGCACCGCAGCAGGGCGCACCUGCGGCCGCUCGAGCGCACGGACUGCGCACUCAGGGACGACCUGCUCACCUGCACUGUGCGGAUCAUGUCCGAGUCGCUGCCGCAGAACGCCACGGCCACCGAGUACCACGCCGUCGUCAGGGUCAACCUCGACUACCGCUUCAGGUUCAGGGUGCUUCCCCCGGCGAGGGACGCCGACGACGAGCCCGGCGUCAACAGAGCGUGUUUGGUGUUGUUGGGGGUGGCCUACACGAGGGUUCGGGGCGGCGACGGCGAGCGCAGGACCAAGGUCCCCUUGCCAAAGCGACUCUUCAACCUGGCAGCCAACAGCGUCCUGCUCGGCGCCGACUCAGACCUCGAGCCACCCGGGGUAGCGGCGGGAAUCGUCACCUUCGACGAAAACAGCUGCCCUGAGGACCAGAACAGGGAGGAGCGACCUUCGAGCGGGUGCAUCAGGGAAGUGUCUGUUUCGGCAGUGGACGUGGCUGAGCAGUUGAACCUUGUGCUGCGCUCGUUCAACUACUCGUUUGCCGCGUCCGGCUUUCCGGACCGCAGCUCCAAGGGGCACUCGGUGGUGCGCAACCUGCCCACUGACAGUCUGCACAGCCUGCGCAUCCGCGGGGGCCUCGGAAGCCAAGGAGGCCCAGGGGCCGCCAAGGGGCCGGGCGUCGAACCCGACGAGCAGCAGGCCAAGGCCCUGCCGGUCGGCUUCGGGGUCCACGUCACUGAACUGGACCUCUCGUUCAACGCGCUCGGAAACAUCUCCACGUUGGAACCAGGCUCUGACAGGAUUCAGCGUCUUAAUUUAUCCCACUCGAAUCUUGAGAAGGUUCCUGAGUUUGUGCAGCACCAGAAGAACCUCAAAUCACUCGUCUUGGAUGGAAACCCAGCGCUCAUCAAGGUCGGAGGCGGUGCUGCCCUGAAGGAGGCUCUCAAAGGACUCAACCAACUCCAGGAGUUGCAGCUGUCCGGCGUGCAGACCGAGGUGCUGACCGUGGACACGCUGCCGGCGUUGUCGGCGCUGUCGCUGCUGAACAUGUCCCGGUGCGGGCUGCGCCACGUGUCUGAGGGCGCGUUGUCCACGCUGCCGGCGCUUCAAAGACUCGACCUGUCGGCCAACGAGCUGGCGGUGGUGCCGGCCAGCCUGGUGGUGCCGUGCCCCCGCCUCAGGCACCUCAACCUCGCGCGCAACAAGCUGGUCCGCGGGCCCAAACUCAUCCUAUCGCUGCUCCACGAUCUCGACGUCUCCAGCAACGCGCUGCAGUCGGUGGAUGACAUCGUCGUGGAGGGCAGGGUGGUUACCUUGCACCUGGCGCACAACAUCAUUCGCUCUUUGGAAGGCGCCCGCUUUUCCACCUGGGCCGAAAAUGUCGACGUCUCACACAAUUUGAUCUCAGCUCUGAGUUUGCGCAGCGGACGUCGAGAGGUGGAGGGCCUUGUUUCCAUCAAUCUGAAUGGCAACCCUUUCGAUUGCAACGACUGCAACAUCGUUGAAACUCAGGUGUGGUUGAACGAGACGAUGGUGUUGGUGAAACCCUCGCCGGCGCUGAUCAUGUGCAGCGGCGCAGAAGACUUGCGAGUGAUGGAUGUGUUGUUGCCCGAGUGCGUACCCACCGUGGACUUGGCCCUGCUGAUUGUGGCCCCUGUGCUCGCGCUGCUGGCCAUGCUAGCAGCCCUUUUGGCCGUAAUUGGCCUCCGCAGGGCUGGCUGGCUCAAUGACUGCUCCAUUUGCUGCGGGGUCGAAGACGACAACGACAUUCCGUGAACUCUCUGGAAGUGUCUAUUACUCUCCUUAUAAGAUUUUUCAUAGCAGUACAAAUCUCUAGUUAACUAAUGGCUUGCCACACAAAGUAUUAAAUCGCAAUUAUCUUGCGAGCGACUGUUAAAUCACAAAAUCAGAGGAGGCACUCCUCAUUGAAGACCUGUAUUUUAGUUUCUCUCUCCCUUGUAGCGGUACAAAAUUCGAGCCAAAUUCCGCGCAAAAUGCAAUGCUUGAGUGCGUUGAGUAUAUUUUUGUUCUAGUCUUGUUGCGAUGAUUGUAAAGAUUUAAUUUUUUGUACAUAAUGGUGAUUUCCGUGGAGAUCAUACUUUGUUUAUCACUGAAUUUUAAAGGAAGGAUUUUCGACCUGUGCUUCUUAAAUAUCAGCAGCUCUCUUUCGGAGGACGCGAUAUUGUUUUAAAUAUUCGAGAGCGUUCCUACGUAAUUUAUUGUUUGUAAAAAUGUUGAGAUUUAUUGCAACUAAAUAAAGCUUGUUAUAUAAAAUU